CUUACGUCGAGUACGAGAAAAAAAAAUGACAAUAUCCAAUGUGAAAAGGCAGAAUUUCCAGUUGAAUUACUCACCUGCUCCCAUUUUCGUGGUAUCCCGUCAUUUAGCCCCAAAAUAGAUUAGAUCCAGACCCUUUCGCCCACAACCAGAAGUCGAAAACAACUCACUGUCUGUUUCACGUUCUGUAAAGUGUGAAUUCGAGGGCGAAUGGGGGCUAAUCGACUUCUGGUUGGGGGCUAACCCUGUAGGAGCCGUUAGGAGCUAAUCGACUUAGGGACUGAACGACUUUAAUACAUUUACUUACGGAAACAAACUUUGCGGCAGCCGGAAUAAGUAUUUUUCGAGCAAGACAGAAAUUUUUUUUUUUUUUAAUUUUUCACCAGUGCUGGACGAGCCAACCGCUUUUUUUUCCCGCCAAAAGUAUUUUGGCGGGUCACAUUAUUAAUGCCAGCGGAAUUUCUACAAAACAUGCGCAGCAACAACAACCUUUCCAAGAUGGCGCACAUGAGUUUUGAGCAGUAUUUGGAUCAGGUGGAAAAGGGACUUGUGUCCAAAAAUGGUGAUAUUUUAGCGGAACUUUUUUCUUUUCGCCAUCCACAUAUUGCUAGUACAAGACUGCAGUUGCCAGAUUCACAGAUGCAAUGUGAAAAAUGGUUUGAACAACCUUAUGAUGAAAUGGUAGCAUCUCACCUCAGAGCUGUCUGGGCUGUCGCUAAUGGGGAUUAUGUGGAAGCACACGCUGCCCAAGCUGUUGUCGUUCAAUCUUUUACCCGGGCUUUCCAGAGUCAAAAAGAUGAAAACUGGGCACUGCCCCUGAUGAAUGUGGUCACAUUAGAUCUGAGAUUGUUUGCCAUGCAGGCAGACAAACAGCAAAUAAAAAAAGGACAAGGCAAACCUGGUGAGAUGCUAGAGAAGGCAGCAGAAGUUAUGAUGGGUUGCUUCAGAGUCUGUGCAAGUGACAGUCGAUCUUCCCUUGAUGUAUCCAAGAAGUGGGGCAUGCUUGCUCUUGUCAAUCAUUUGUUCAAGAUUUACUUCAAGAUUAAUAAACUUCACUUGUGCAAGCCCCUAAUCAGAGCAAUAGAUAGUGCAACAAUAAAAGACCAGUUUAAGCUGGCCCAUCUGGUUACUUACAGAUAUUUUGUGGGAAGGAAGGCAAUGUUUGAUAGUGAUUUCAAAGCUGCUGAUGAAUAUCUAUCAUUUGCAUUUCAACACUGUAACAUAUCGUCCAGUAAAAAUAAGAGGGCAAUCUUAGUGUAUCUUAUACCAGUCAAGAUGCUGUUGGGCUAUAUACCAAAAGAAGAAAUUCUUUAUAAAUACAACUUGACUCAGUUUGUUGACAUUGUUAGAUCUGUAAGGAUGGGAAAUCUUGCACUUUUAAAUGAGACACUGGAGGGACAACAGGCAUUUUUUAUUCAGUGUGGUGUUUACCUUAUCUUAGAGAAGUUAAAGAUCAUAACAUAUAGAAACUUGUUUAAAAAAGUGGCUCUGCUGUUAAAAACUCAUCAGCUUCCUUUAGAUGCUUUUGUUAUCGCUCUUAAAACAAUGCAGGUUGAGGACAUUGACGUUAUUGAGGUUGAAUGCAUCGUGGCGAAUCUGAUAUACAUGGGUUACAUCAAAGGCUACAUAUCCCACCAACACCAGAAACUGGUUGUCAGUAAACAGAAUCCAUUCCCUGCCUUGACCAGCUUCCUUUAGUCACUCGGAAUCUAGUUUAGACGGGCUGGAAUUAUACUGUAGUUUCAACUAGAGCUCUUGGUGGUGAUAAAGAGUGGGGUCUACUGAAGCAUUGAAGAGGAAAUGGCUAGGCUAGCUGACUCAGCCACAGGAACAGCUUCAGAUCGCUUGUUGGUUAUUAUUCGUAACACGAGCACUCUAGCCUGUGAGGAUGCCUUAUAGUUCGUGUACCAUUUAGCGAGAAGCGAGAGAAACGAAAGUAAGAACGUUUGCAGUAUUAUGUCGUUUGGUUACGCCCUUACUGUGUGCGUGAUUCGUGUUGUUUUGUCAUGUAACAAGGGUACCUGCCAAGGACAACGAUGGCCAUUCAAGUGACUUUGACACGAAGUUUUUUGCCGCGAUUUCGCGUGCUUUUUUUUUCUAUAGGUCCGUUUCUUUUACCCUGGAAUCGAAUUGUUGAAUCGAAAAAUCUGAGUUUUAAAAGUUUGGAUUAUUUUUAUUUUUCUAUUCCUGCGCCAUCGAAUAUUUGCUGACAUUGUGGUUUGCAGGGUUUUCUUAUGUCAUGGAAACGAACCGUUUUGAACGGAGGUCAACAGUACUAUAUAGAAUGUAAAUCAAACUUGCUUUCCACUGAUUCAUUUAAGAACUAUAUACUGGUAUAUUAAAGUACUGUAACUCCUACUGUGUAGGCAUAUCGAGUUGAAGGGGCCGAGAUUUCAAAGUGGGGAUAUGGUAACGGAAACGGACUUGAUGACACUCUCUCUCUCGUUUUUUUUUUCUGAGGUGGAUUAUAUAUUUUCUAAUUGCAGUAGUAAUUUUAUAAAAAAUAAAAUAAAAUUCAUAUAAGUUUUUA